AUGACCAUUACUGGUGGCGAAGCCACUCGGGCGAAUGAAUACACGUCUCUUCUCCCCAAUCGGCAUUGCGGUAGCAUCUACAGCGAGGAUAAUAAUGCAGAGAUUGUGGUACCGGACGAAGGUCAGCUGUCGAGGAAGCUGGUCAUCGACGAGCUCACCCUUCUUCUCAAAGGGUCCAUCCCCGUGGUCCUCGCCUACACCCUCCAGAAUAGCCUUCAGACAAUGUCAGUUUUGAUUGUCGGGCGCUCGUCGCCAGAAAGCCUCGCCACUGCCGCAUUCUCGUACAUGUUUGCCAUGUGCACGGCAUGGCUGAUUGGCCUCGGAGGAACGACGGCCCUCGAUACGCUCGCAUCAUCAACAUUCACCGGCGGGUCUAAUAAGCAUGAUCUAGGGAUACUCCUUCAGCGCGCCUUUAUCGUACUAGGACUCUUCUAUGUCCCAGUUGCGAUGUUAUGGGCGUUGUCGGAGCCGGUUUUCAUAUUCUUAGGACAGGAUCCUGAACUGUCUCGCGAUAGCGCCCGCUUCCUGACAUUUCUAAUCCCAGGAGGACUUGGAUACGUCUACUUUGAAUCAAUGAAGAAAUUUCUCCAAGCACAGGGUAUCAUGAGACCGGGUACCUACGUCCUCUUGAUCACCUCACCUAUCAGUGCAGGACUUAACUACCUUCUCGUCUACACAUUCAAGAUGGGGCUCCUUGGUGCCCCCAUCGCGACUGGAAUCUCGUAUUGGCUAUCAUUCGGUCUCCUCGUCCUUUACGCCCGCCAUGUCGCCGGCGCCGAGUGCUGGGGUGGCUGGAGCCGCAGUGCCUUGGACAAUUUAGGAAUUUUUGCACGUCUUGCUUUUAUGGGAGUUAUUCACGUUGGCACAGAGUGGUGGGCGUUUGAAAUUGUGGCUCUCGCGGCUGGAAGGCUUGGCACCAUUCCUCUCGCCGCACAGAGCGUCAUCAUGACUGCUGAUCAAGUUCUGAAUACUAUUCCUUUCGGUCUUGGAGUUGCAGCCUCGGUACGAGUCGGCAAUCUCCUGGGCGCAAAGGACCCCAAGGGAGCCGCACGCGCUGCUCAUUCAGCUGCCGGCCUCAGCAUCCUCCUAGGUCUAGUUGUCCUCGCCGUGCUCAUGGCUACGCGAAACCAAUUCGCCAAAAUCUUCAACGACGACGAGCAAGUUGUCCGCCUUACGGCUGAAGUGCUGCCUUACGUCGCCUUAUUUCAAAUUGCCGAUGGUUUGAAUGGAAGCUGCGGCGGCAGCCUCAGAGGCAUGGGCCUCCAGCACAUCGGAGCCGCGGUCAACCUCAUUAGUUAUUACUGUGGUGCCUUACCGCUUGGGAUCUAUAUGGCCUUUCAUGGAUGGGGCCUCAAGGGUCUCUGGAUCGGCCAGUGCAUCGCCCUGUAUCUUGUGGGGAUACUUGAGUGGGCUAUUGUAGGGCUAAGGAACUGGGAGAAGGAGGUGGAGAAGGCCUUUCUGCGGAUGGAUAAGGCCGAUCAUGAGGAGCCGGGAAUGCUUCAUUGA